AUGACAGAAACUCAAAUGGAAGUCACAAAUGAGCAACAGGAGAUCAAGACCGAGCGUUUAGUGCCCACAAACAAAUCGAAUCGUUGGUGGAAGAAUGUUCAAAAGGAACGGUAAGUAUUUUCUUUCGUAAUUGUGUUGAAAUUUAGGUUAUUGGACUUUUUUCGAUUUAUUAAUGAGAUCAUAUUGCAUUAGGUUACACAGUUUUUCUCUUCCGGGUAUAAGUAGCAAAAACAAGAUGUAAAAAGGUGAAUAUUAUUAUUUUGCACGUUGUUAAGCAUUUUUUUUGGCAUGAUAUGAGGGCUGCUUGAGCUUUUUUGAUCAGAAAAUAAUGUUAUAUUGCACUAUAUUUCACUUUUUGAUUGAGAAGGAUGUAAUAUAUAAUAAAUUUAUUGUCUAAUGAAUAACUAACGUGUUUUACAUAAUCUUAAACGUAUUUUUUGAUGAGCAAUUGUUUGAUAUACGCUUUUGUAGUUAAAGUACGAUAUUGUUUACAUUGUACUAGGUGAUAGUUUUUAAUGCUUUUUAUAUAAAAGAUGUAUGUGUAUAAAAACUUCUUCAAACUGAUCUUUAGCAAUAUUUCAUUAAAGUUCAAAACGAUUUCUUUUUCAGCUCAUCUCACAUUGUCAAAGAUCGCCCGUUGCACACGAAAUGGUCAGUGAAGAUGAAACACAAAGCUGUUCAACAAAAUGCAAAAAAGUUGCAACAACAAAUCCGUGAGCAAUUGGCACAAGAACGAUCUGAACAAGCCGCGAAACGUAAGGAGAAUGAAGAGCGUCGGAAGGCGAAUAUUGCCAAGUCUGAAGUUGUUCAGGUAAUCAAGAACGCCGAGAAGAUCAAGAGGUUAAAGAAGAAGCAAUUGAAGUCGAUUAAGAAGAUGGACACUACUGAACUGGUUCAGAGGACUGUUAAGGUACGGUUAAUAUUAUUUUUUGUUUUUAUAAUAAUUUUUAUUUUUGUAUAUUUACCAUAGUCUUGGGGGUUAUUAAAUGGUUUUUUCGGCUAGAUAUAUGAUUCUUUUUUUCUUUAAUGUGUGAAAAUAGGUAGUACAAUCUGAAAAACGUUAAUAUGUUUAAAUUGGAGUUGUAAAUGUGGAAUACAAAACAUUUAUAUUACGUUAUGUUAUAGUAGGUAAAGCUAACCACAAAUCACAUGUUUUUAUCUUGUGUUUUGCUUUUUCUUUAUUUUGAAUAAUAUGUUUGUAGAACUGA